GCAAGCUCAGACUGGAGGGUGAUCACUUCCACUCCUCCUCUGGAACCACCAUGCAGAGGCUGGUCCAGCUCCUGUUCUGCAGCUGCCUUCUCUGGGCCCUUCUGCUGACCGCUGUCCAGGCAGCCGAGGAGGAUGAAGAUUACGGGCUGGAGGGAACGCCAAUGCCGGACUAUGAUUACAACAGCAGCUUCCCCUUCACCUUCAGCUUUUUCAGCAACGUCAGUAACGUGUAUGACGACAUUAACAAGUACUUUACUGGAAAAGACGACGAUGGAGAUGAAAAAGACGAAAUGGAAGGCGAGACGCGGGAAUCCCCCCGAGGGAAGGCGUACAGUGAUAAUAGAGCAGCCCUCCUCAGCCUUCUGCUUCCCAUGGGCAUUCUGGGACACCAGCUCUUUGGACCUAUAUGAGUGGGAUCUUAAGCCCAGUUUGGCACUCGAUUCCAAAGUUUUAUCUUUCGACACCACCCAUAUUUUGGUGGGGGUGUUUCUUCCAGAUGUCCGCCAACACAAGUCGGGACAAGAAGCACAGAUUGCCAAGGGAGGAGGGGCGACCCAGGCUGACAAGGACAUUAAGACUGUAUAUACCAUGGGGAGCCCCACCUCCCACCCCCCCGCACGCAUGAGCACUCGCACAGAAUGGCACGUCCCCGUCCCCCCCGACCCACAUCCCACGGCGAGAUCUCCCAGGGACCACUGCAGUCACAGGCAGCCUUUCCAUCCACCCACGAUGACCAUCCUAUGCAGGAAAUAAGACAGAAGAAGACCCUCAAGGCUGUUCUCUACCAUUGUUGCAUUAGGCAUGUUUCAGUGGAGCGGCUCCACAAAUGCAGUCACUAGCUGUGCAGUGUGGGCCUGGUUUUAGCUGGCUAACACCCUUAUGCCAAAGGUGCCUCUUCCAUCCUUGGUAAGCACUGCAUUUCCUCUUGGUGUCAACUGUUGCCACCUUAGGCCUCUGACCUCUUCGCACCCACAGUGGAUCUGCCCACUGCUCAUGAACAAACAGGCCUUUGCGAGAUCCCUCAGAGACUUGCCUCCAUGUCUGCUCAUCCACUUCUUCCCUCUUAAAGGGAAGGUGUCUUUUUUUGGGUGCCACACUUGCAAUGCUGUAUAUCUCUUUAUAGCCCUGAAAAGCAGUGAUGAGAUCACUUUAAAGCAAUGAUCGCACAGUGCCCGUUUACCAUCAAUGCAUAUAUAUGUCACCGCACAUGAAAAAAUGAUGAGGAAAAUACAUUUUAUAUUCUUUUUUAUAUUCUUUAAUAAAUAUUUUUAAUAGGU